AUGAAAUUUCUGUGCGUAUGGGAAUGGUGGACACGAGUAGUUCCAGUAGAGGUGAUUGUCGGUCGCCCACCACCACGAGGGAUGGACAAACAAAGGGACAUAAAAGGAUCUCGCAUGGAAAACGCACGGAGCAAUCUCAUUCCGAGAGAUCCCGAGAGGGGAGGAGGAUAUCCUGAGGCUAUGGCUUAUAAGCGAGCCCAUUAG